AUCGUCGUGUGGAACACGGUGGACGCAUCGGACAAUCAUGUUCGACUCGACGAUCAUGUCGAACUCGACGAUCGAGUCGGACAUUCGUGUUCGACUCGAUGACCGUGUCGAACUCGACGAUCGAGUCGGACAUUCGUGUUCGACUCGACGAUCGUGUCGGACGAUCGUGUCGGACUCGACGAUCAUGUUCGACUCGACGAUCGUGUCGAACUCGACGAUCGAGUCUGACUCGACGAUCGUGUCGGACGACGAUUGUGUUGGACUCGACGAUUCUGUUCGACUCGACGAUCGUGUUCGACUCGACAAUCCUGUUCGACUCGACGAUCGUGUUGACUCGACGAUCGUGCUCGACUCGACGAUCGUGUUUGACUCAACGAUCGUGUCGGACUCGACGAUCGUAUUCGACACGAUGACCAUGUCGGACUUGACGAUCGUGUUCGACUCGACGAUCGUGUUCGGCUCGACGAUCGCAUCGGACAAUCGUGUUCGACUCGAUGAUCGUGUCGGACUCGACGAUCGUCGCAUCGUGUUCGACUCGACGAUCGUGUCGGACUCGACAAUCGUAUUCGUCUCGACGAUCACAUCGGACAAUCGUAUUCGACUCGACGAUCGUGUCGGACUCGACGAUCGUCGCAUUGUGUUUGACUCGACGAUCGUGUUCGACUCGACGGCCGUGUCGGACUCGACGAUCGUGUUCGACUCGACGGUCGUAUCGGACUCGACGAUCGUGUUCGACUCGACGAUCGUGUUCGACUCGACGAUCGUGUUCGACUCGACGAUCGUGUUCGACUCGGCGAUUGACUCCAUCGCUUGCAGCACAACCUUGGAAAGCAUGGACUGUAGGGCAUCUAAUACAAUGCUCAAUGAGGAUUUUCCUCCACCAGACCUGCCAAUGUGUUCACAAGAUGUUCGAAGUGGUCACGAACGUGUCAAUAAUACUCCAGAAUCUCCUGCUCAUAAGAGGUCACAGGUUAUUGCGUGUGCAGACACUACAUGUGAAAGUGCGUAUCCGGUCCUGCGCUGCCCGGUUCAAACCUCUGAUGGAGACAGUGCGGAAGGUCAGGAGGGUAAGGCCUCCUCUGCUGACAACAACACAUCCGAUGUAGACCGUGUUGUGUGGGUGCCGAGGAGUUCACUUCGAGAUUUCGAGUACACAGGUCUUCUGUUUGGUGAGAGUGAUAAAGAUGGUUCAGAUUCAAGUACUUUGGUGUCGUCUAGCGCUGAUAGUUCUCCAGAUAAAAUCGGUCAUCUGCAAACGUACGCUAACCGGGAUACUGACCACUGUCGUCGAAAUGGCGACGAGAAUUGUGAUGUCAUCUCUGAUUUCGAUGACAUUUUUCCGAAACGUCUAACAAGACUGGAAGACGUGAAGUUCUUGCAGAGGCAGCGGGAAAGGACAAGAGGGAUAGGAGCUGAUGUUUUGGGUGCUGGGCAAGUUGGCGCGGAAGGAAAAAAGGAGGAUGGAGCAGAUGAAGGUGACAUCCAAGAGCAUGCGCUUCAAGACACAUUUGCACAGGAAACAGCGGUCACGGUCGAAGACCCCAACAUGUUGCGAUUCAUUGACCAGGAAAUGGCAAAGAGACGGGGGAGGGACAUUAUGAUUGAUGAGGACGCGCAGGAGAAGGAAGCGAAGAAGAUUGAAGAUGACCUGUAUGCCAUGCCAGAGCACCUGAAGGUGAAAAAACGAACAGCAGAGGAAAGUUCCACUCAAUGGACCACGGGCAUUGCUGAAGUACAGCUUCCAAUCGAGUACAAGUUGAGGAACAUUGAAGAAACAGAAGAAGCAAAGAAGAAAUUGCAGCAACGGCGAGCGUUUAUUGGGAGGGGCAGGUCCAGCGCGAGUAUUCCGGCGAGUUACAGUGCCGAUUACUUCCAGCGAGGGCGAGAGUACUCAGAGAGGCUUCGGCGAGUCUUCCCAUCGCCGCUAUUGCGCAACAAUAGUUCCGUGUACUGUGCAGUUUCCCCCAUCCUGUUCUUGGAACUGGGAGUCGGGGGCUAGAAAGAGGAAGGAGAAUGGGAGCGCAGGGGAGGAGGGGAGAAGGAGAUAGUAGGGAAGCAACAAACUGCUUGUGGGAAGUAGUGUGGACAAUGGGUGGAGAAGGAGAAAGGAGAGGAGAGCAAGGUGGUAUGGAGUGUGGACCAAGGACCAUAUCAAACGUUCGACAUAUAUUCGGGGUCUAAUAUGGAUCCGAUACAUUUGAGGGUUUUCAAUGUGUCAUAUUUUGAAUGUUGUGCAGUGUGGACGAAGGCCCAUAUUAAACAUUGGACAUGUAUUCGGGGUCUAAUAUGGACCAGAUAUAUUUGAGGGGUUCCAAUGUGUCACAUUUCAAAUGUUGUGCAGUGUGGACCAAGGCACCCAUUAAACGUUUAACAUGUAUUCGGCCCCCGUUGAACGUUUGACAUGUAUUCGGAGUUUAAUAUGUGGACCAGAUAUAGUUGAUUUUCAAUGUUGUGCAGUGUGGACGCAGACCUCGUAUUCUCCCAUGAUCCUCUUGUUGUAAAACAGGGUGUGGAAAAUUUCCGACAUCUGUGUGGCGUGUGGGGCAUGUCACAAAAAUUCGGGAAAGUGGUUUACGACUGACUUGGAGGGGAAAAACAAAACAUCUCAACCGAG